GAAGUUGAAAAUAUGAAAAUAUUGAUCAGCUGUCAAACUGGAUUUUAUAGUUUUGGUUUUGCAAUCAUUUCUUGUAAAAAUAUUUUGAUUUUAAAUACUUUAAUUGUAGAACAAGUGUAGCACACUAUUUUUAAAUAAUGACCACUGCAGCUCGCCCUACAUUUGAGCCUGCUAGAGGAGGACAAGGAAGAAAUGAGAAAGAUCUUAGUGCUAUUUCUCGACAAUAUUCAAGUAGAGAUUUACCAGGACACACGAAAUUAAAAUAUAGGGAACAUGGACAAGGAACUGUUGAUGAAAACAGAACUAGAGAUUUCAGAAAAGAACUUGAUGACCGUGAAAAAGACAAGAGAUCUACAGGCAGGGGUGGUGAUCACGCCAAACGAUUAAAAAUUGACCAGGUUCCAGCUGCUAGUUUGGAUGCAGAUGAUCCUCUAGAAGAAGAUGACUCAGAUUCAGAUGAUGACAAUGACGAUACCGAAGCUCUCCUAGCAGAACUUAACAAAAUCAAACAAGAAAGAGCUCACGAAAUGGCAAAGAAAGAAGUGGAAAAGAGACAUGAGGAAGAGAGGAUAAGAAUGGAGAAUAUCUUAAGUGGAAAUCCUUUAUUGGUGCAUUAUUCGUCAGGUUCAAAUAAAACGGACCAUAAGGUGAAGAGAAGAUGGGACGAUGAUGUUGUGUUUAAAAACUGUGCUAAAUCUGAACCACAAAAAGAAGCCAAUGUCUUUAUUAAUGAUUCUUUAAGGUCCGAGUUUCAUAAAAAGUUCAUGGAAAAGUAUGUCAAAUAAUUUUUGUACAUCUAGUUUUAGUACUUUAUCUGUAAAAUAAAUCAUUAACAUCAACAUUUUUGUACAGCUGGUUCCUAAAAAAACUGAUACGACUCUUAGUAAGAUUUGAUUAUUUUGAGCAGUGUAUUUGAUUGGUCUGGUAUUAUAUUAUAUGUAUUAUGACAGACAAAUAAUAAAAUAAAGAAACAAACAACCAUAGGCGUAACCAGGGGGGGUUUUGGGGGUUGUAACCCCCCCCCCCAUUGGGAUGUACUUUGAGCUCUAUACGCUUAACACCAUAGCCCUCAGAGACCUUCCAGUAGUUGUAACCCCCCCCUUUCAGGUAGUUGUAACCCCCCCCCCCUUAGGAUCAUCCUGGUUACGCCUAUGCAAACAACUGAUUAAUAUUUUAAUUCAUAUAUUAAAAUAAUAUAAAUAUCAACAUCAUAUUAAAAGGAUUCCCUUCUAAUCUCUCAAAAAGCGUAUGAUAUUCAUGAGCAGUAGAUAUUUUUGGCCUUCCAGAACCUUGCUCUCUUUCGAGAGUUUCUUGUUUUCUCCAUCUUUUAUUAAUCUUAAAAACUGUUGUUUUGCUUACGUUAAAAUUAUUCGCUACAGUAGAUAGUGACUAACCAUCUUCUAAUUUCGUUACAAUUCUUGCUUUUAGUUCUUUGCUAGCAUGUGGAGCCAAUUUUUGAGGUUGAACAAAAUAAUUUAUCUGACAAAUUUUAAGAUUUAGCAGUGACAGUGACAGUAUGUAAAUAUAAGUACACCUGGUUCCAAAAAAAACUGAUACGACUCUUGAAGCGUAUUUUGUAGAAAAUUGAGGAGUGUAUUUUGAAGGAUAAAUACUAAAUAUUUACAUACUGUCAAUGUCACUGCCAAAUCUUAAAAUUUGUCAGAUAGCUUAUUCUGUUCCACGGUUAUUAGACUUUAUUAUAAAUCUUUAUUAUUAGGAAUACUUUCUCCGCAGCUGAGGGUAUCUUAUCAACUGUAUUGUUUUUAAACAAUAGAUGAUAAAAUAAAAAUAUUGACAGUUCAAAAAUGUGAACAUUAUUGCAUUGUGUGUGGCCUAAGUUUGGGCUGAAAACUGAAAUGUAUUACAUUUUUACAAAAUUUUGGAAUAUGUUUAAUUAUGUAGACCAAUUUUAACAGUUGUUUUCAAUACUCUACAAAUAGUUUCUAAUGUCUUUUGAUGUCAAAUAAUUAGGGAGCUGGAAUUCAACAGUUUAGAAUUUUACAUUGAGUUAAUGCAAAAUUGUGACGCAUGUCAAAAUUCUCAAUGUAUUUUAAUUGUAGGUAUUCAUUUUUUCGAAUCCUGAGAAAACUAAUAAAUAUUUAUGAAAAAUUUAAGCUCCGAAUGAAAGACUAUAUUAUUACCGAGGGCUGAAAGUCCCUGAAAACUUCUAUAAUAUUUAUUUUAAUAAGUUACAGGGCUGAAAAUAAAAGAGAAGUGUGAUAUUUAAUUUCAAAUAUUUCAUUCAAUAGAAACUGAUUGUUUAUUCUAAGGGGCUUUCCGCCCUCGGUAAUAAUGUAAUCUUUCAUCCUGCGUUUAAAUUUUUCUAAAAUACUUAUUAGUUUUUUCAUGAUUCGAAAAAAAUCAUAUUACGAUUCAAAUGACAGUACUCUCGUAACGUAAUCCACGUUUGUUGUGUAUUUGUUGUAUAAUUUGUUGUAUAAUCCACGUUUACAAUAAUUAUGUGAUCUAUUUGAUGUAAAAACUAUCAUUUAUAAUAUACUCUUUAUAAAAUACAGGAAUUCAAAAUAAUAUAAACAUUUAGACCUUAAUAAUUAGUACAAUUUAUGAAUUAACAUAAUAUGUAAUCAGUUGCUUAUUGUUUGUUUAUUUUAUUAUUUGUCUGUCAUAAUAAAUAUAAUGUCAGAUCAAUCAAAUACACUGCUCAACAUGAUCAAAUCUUACUAAGAGUCGUAUCAGUUUUUUUAGGAACCGGCUGUACCUAUUUGUCAUUCAAAAUACACUGCUCAAUUUUUUACAAAAUACCCAUUAAGAGUAGUAUCAGUUUUUUUUUGGAACCAGCUGUAUAUCACUUAAAUCAUUGUUGAUUGUAAACAAUUUCUAUAAAAAUAUAAUUGGGAAAAUGAAACAUA